UCUGCAAAGCAGUGCGGCCUAACGAUUUGCAACGUAUGUUGAAGGUCUAGUGCAGUGUAAGUUAUGGGUAACAGACAGGUGACCUGUUUAAGGAAAGAACAUCCUGUCGACUUCCCCGCCGAUGCUGCCUUACGUCGACGAAAUUUAUUGUUAAUUCCGUGCACUUGGGGGCUGCACAUUGCUGGAAAAUACACCCCGAAGUUCGUGGAGAAAUUUGUAAACAAGAUCAACAACUGGCAAUACUGCCAAAAUGAGAACUAUUCCUACACAAUUUUGCCCACUAUUUUCGCUUCUCUUGGAGUGUUGCUGAUGACCGCGGAUAUUGUUUCCGAUAUUAUACUUGGAUGGAAUUUUUAUUGGGAGGGACAUGUGGCGUGGGCGACUUGCACCGCGCUUUUUGUAAUUGCACCAAUAGUAUUCGCCCAGUGUUACCGCGUGUGCUACCGAAAGACUCACAAAUGGUAUGAAGUCCACCCGGUCGGGCCAUUUUAUUGGUCGAUUCAAACGUGUUGCAUCCACUAUCAGCACAGACAGUUAGAAGGCAAACAUGGGAGCAAUGUCACGGAAGCCCAGCUAAUGGAAUUCGCGUACACCACAGAGAAGUUGGGAAAAUCUCUAAAGCAAAAAGAUCUCGCUUGUGGAGAUGAGAAAUACCUCGAAUCCUAUCCCCAGCUAUUUUUACAAGCCUACUUUACAGCCGAAUCGUUGAUUGCAUCCCAACAGCGGUCAGAAUAUCUUCCCACACGGCCUGUUAAAUGGGAUCUGUACAUUUCAACGGUUACAUCUGCCCUUUCGCUUCUUCAUUAUGAGGCGUUUGUUGUUUACAGCAGUGGCACGACUCUAAGAAAUUGCCUGGGACCCAGAUUGAUGUUGCUGGUCUGUUUUUUCACCGUUGAGCCGAAAUACGUAACGAUCCCCGCUUUCUGCUUUGUUCACACGACUGCUGCGUGCUGCCUGUUUUGGGUGGUACGCCGAGUGGAUGUAGUUAGCGGUUUAUUUUGGGAUCUGGCCAGGCAAGAAGAUUUUCGGGGAUACAAAACUCACAAGUAUCGAAUUAUCAAUCUCCUCCGUGCGACAAUUGUCAGUACGCUACUGCCCCCGUCGUUUGGUCAGAAGGAUCUGGCGCCUGUAUCCCUGAUUAAUACUCUUGGCUAUGUCUACAGCGGCGGAGAUAAACAUGAUAUUAAGUUGCUGGGUAAAGUGCUAGCAAUAAGCGCAUUCCAGUUUGUUGAGAGUAUUGUGUUAGUUUCCAUCUGGUUACGCGCUGGUUCUGGCCAAAUACAACACCCGUAUCAUAUUGUGAUUCCAGUAGUUACCCUGGCGCUGUUGUUAUUUCGUCCCAUCAUUGAAUUCAGUAUUUUUCUUUGGAUUGCCGUGAAAGAUCAUCUUAACAGAGAUACCUGCCCGAGGGAGUCAGGUCUCAAGCUUACUUCGGCACUUAUUCGGUCAGGACUACAACUUCUCCCUUUCUAUGACAUGUGCCUGCACUUCCUUCGUCCCCUGGAGUUGUGGUUUCGAGUUUUUAAGUUGGACGACAUGGAUGCUCAGCUAAUUGUACAGAGGUCGAACAUUAUUCGUCUUGAAAUUUACCGAGAUUUUCUGAGCAGCUUCCUUCUGCUCUCUGAUCUGUUCUUUGUUCUACCUUAUCCUGUUGAGCGGCCGAACGAUGGUGACAUGAUCUUUGGAGUGGAUUACAUCAGAAAUCCUUUGGACGACAAUCCCGGGCUCGUACAGCACUUGCCACACGAAUACGAGCUACGCCCGUGGGGAAUGUACCCUUUCCUGAACCAGUACCGUCUUGACUAUUUCUUCGACUGGGAAAUUCUGUGUAAAAUCGGAUCUACAGAAACGAUGUUAAAAGACUGCAAAACCAACCAAACUGAAAGUCACAGACUGCUGAAAGAUACUAUAAGAGAGUGUGAAGAUCGCAUUUAUUUUUGGAGGAAUGCAUUACUGGCCUGCCUAAAUUAUGAAGACCUGCCGGAGAAUUUUAUAACGGAACUGUGGUCAGACAAAGGUCGAACUCAGAAAAGGGAUUUUCAUAUGAUUAACGAUUAUCACGAACUGGUAAAAGCCAAUUGCGCGGCAUGGAAAAAUUUGGAGCUUAGUUUGGUGGCUUCUGAUUCAGCUAAACAGGAUAAGGGACGAAGCCCUAUGUUAGGGGAAGAGUGGGACUUGGGAUCCCCGCUUUACCGCUUAAAUUAACCUGGUUGCCAAUAUGAAGAGCGUGGCCAACACUCAAACAGGCCAAGUCACAGUCUGACACAAAGAGCGCUGUGAAUGCAUACACAGUCUUCGACGCUUAUGGAGAAGUGGAAUCAAAAGCAGCGCUCAACCAAUAAGGCGCCAGGGGCAAUCUUUUACUUUUAAUGCAAUAUAAACAUUACAUAAAUACAAUGCGAAGUCCUUUACGGCUUGAAGAAAAAGGAGUACCAAAAUGUCGGCUAUGGCCAUUUUGCCGCAAAUACUGCGGCAAAAUAGCCACUUCGCAAAAGGUCACCAACGUCCAAAGAGACCCAGUACAGCUAGGUAGUACUAUUCCAGGCGCCAACGCAGCUAUAGUAGCAAACUGUUACGAUAAUGUGUUGCCACGAUAACAGCAUACUUCAGCCUAUAAACCUUAUCUGUCCCGACAGCUUACCAUCCUAAAUUACGGUACGAGGAGGGAGCAAGCAUCUUCGGUAGCGCGUUCCAGUAUUCAAGACUCUUUGUACACUGUGCGUCAAGCGUGCGUCAAGCGUUUCGCGAAUCCGCGAAAGCAUGAUUCACUUAACAGCCAACCGUGGAAUGUUGCCCAUCUGCAUGCACCUUACCGUCAACUGUGGAAGGGUGCCCUGAUUGACAGUAGCCAAGUUAAAACGUGGAUUGCCAGCCUUCCGCGGUUGACUGUUAAGCCAGAUUUGCAGCCACACGAGUGAUCAAACUGUCUCGACUAUUCGAACGCGCUACUGAAGAUGCUUCUUCCCUCCUCGUACACAGUGUAUGCGGGAGAUGGGAAUAUUAACAACUGGCAGUUCCAGCGCUGAGCGCGGUGCUCAUUGCUUUAAACCACACAACAGCCUUACGUAUGAACUAAAAGGGUUUGGUUUAAACUUUAAACCAAAGCGCUGGAUUUAAGUGCCAAGAAAACAAUACUUAUAACAGUUAACCCAAGCAGAACAUUGCACCAAAACGAAGAGUGUAAUUUGGCUCUGCUAGAGCGGCUGCUUAUCCUGCGUCCAACUAGAAGGAAUGGUAACGUACACGGCGUUCAUCAGUCGGUCGGAUUUCGCAUGAGAUGAUCGUCGUUUAACGCGUCAACAGUUCAAUGCGGUCGCUCGAAAAUUUUUUCAAAAGAACAUUUUUCGAUUACCGCAGCAGCGGAAAUAUUAAGGUUUUCUACUUAUAACUACCGAGUUUUGGUUCCGAAAUUCGAACCAACAGAGCUGAUAAUUAAUGUUUUUAAAAAACAGAAACCGACGAAAAUUGAA